AUGAAGGCUCUCCUAUCCUUAGAGAACGAGGUUCGGGGUUGGGGCCCGGAAUUACAGGAAAAUGCAGAAGCAUGCAUUGGCCCUAUUCACGAUAGCGGGAAUGCAUCCGGCGAUGACUGGCAGAAAAUGAUAGCAGCGGAGGUGGUUGAUAACCGCAGAGUGGGGUUGUUGGGCUCCGCAAUAGGCGCGGACGAGAGCAAAAUCCUGGAGGCUGGGUAG